AUGCCAAUAUCGAAUUACUUGCGUAUUGUUUAUGUUGAAUGUACUCGUAUUUCUCUUGACCAGGGCGAUCCUUUGAAAAAUUCAAAGAGAUCAGGGCCCAAUGUGUUCUUGCAAAGCAUCAGUUUUCUCGGAAUGCGUGAGAAUGCAUCUCCACGCUCAGCAGACAUAAGCCUGCUCAAAGAGAUCAGGACCCAAGGAGUUCUUGCAAAGCAUCAGACUCCUCGGAAUGCGUGA